UAGCCUUACUUCCUCUCAGUUUAGACAGUAGAGUCCAUCUCAGGCUGGCUUCUCCCUUUCAUCUUAUUUAGGAUCCAGCUGUUUAUUUUUUCAAAGCAGUUUAGGAAAAUCCAGUAUCUGCCACUUCCGCAGAGGGCCGACCCAGUAUUCUCCUGUACUUGUGAGUCUGUCACAGUUCCUGCCAGCACUUUUCAGGUAGAGAAUCAAGCCUGGUACAUUUUAUUUGGGGAGGAAGAGUGUAAGGUUAUCUCUCUUCUGGAAAGUAAGUCAAAGAGAAUUGUUUUUGAAAAGGAGUGAAAAAAAAAAUAAAGACGUUGCCUAAAACGAAAAACUACUAAGCAAAUAAAAGCAACUAAUUUUUCUACCGUUUAGUAUAAAAUAGCAUUUAUUCAUAAGAUUCCUACGUGAAGGAAAAUAAUAUUAUUUUUUUAGUAAAAACAAGGAAACCCUGGUGGCAUAGUGGUUAAGUGCUAGGGCUGCUAACCAAAAGGUCAGCAGUUCAAAUCCACCAGGUGCUCCUUGGAAAUCCUAUGGGGCAGUUCUGCUCUGUCCUAUAGGGUUGUUAUGAGUCGGAAUUGACUCGACGGCAACAGGUUUUAGUAAAAUCAAACAUUGUUGUAAUCAUUUUCUCCAAAUAAUUUAUCCAACUGUGGUUUAAUGAUAAUUAUAAUAAUAGUACUCUUUGUCUGACUUGCAGUGCUUUUAUAUAUGCUAUAUUAUUUGUUUAACUUCAUUAGAACAAACUAACUCGAUUUUGAAGGUGAAGGAAUUGUGUUUAAAGAGACCCAGUGGCUUGCUAUGGUCAGACGCCUAGUUAAGGUGGAACCAGGACUCCAGCACUGGGCUCCCUACUUUUUGUCUGGUGUUCUUUCCUCUUCACUGAACAUCUUCACCCCACAUACUCCCUGAUAAGGACAAGGGAAAUAGAAAAUACAAGCUUUUUUUUUUUCCCAGAAAUAAAUGAAUUUUCUGAAAAAUUGUGUCCCUCACCAAAAUUAUUAGCUUUGUUUUGACCUUCCUCCUGUACUGAGAAAAGUAAUUAAAUCAGUUUCUUUUUUUAACUUUGGUUGAUUGAAAGAUACUUAUAUCAACCUUGUAUCCUGCAAUCUUGCUAUAAUCACUUAUUAGUUCCGAGAGUUUUUUGAUUGAUUCUUGGGAAAUUUCUACAUAGAAAAUCAUAUCAUCUGCAAAAAAAAAAAAAGUCUGUAUACCUUUAAUUUUCUUUCUUUUAUACUUCAAUUAUCUAGGCUUCCAGUACAGUGUUCAAUAGGAGUGGUUGGUGUAGACAUCCCUGUCUUGUUCUUGAUCUCCAGGGGGAAGCAUCGAGUUUCUCACCAUUCAGUGUGAUGUUUUGUUGCUGUUCUUCGGGAAAUUGAGGCAGUUCUCCCCUGUUCCUGGUUUGCUGGGAGAUUUUAUCCUGAAAGGGUGUUGGACUCUGUCGAGUGCUUUUUCUUUGUUGAUAUGAUCAUGAUUUUCCUCCUUCAGCCUGUCGAUGUGGUUAAUUGACUGGGAAGUGUUGAACCACCCUUGUAUACCUGGAAUAAAUCCCACGUGGUCACACUCUUAGAAUUUUGGGAAGGAGACAUGGUUCUCAGUGUUGCAAAGCUUGUACCAGCAGGACUGCACGUCUACCAGACGCUUGACGGAGAUGAACUGACACUGUGUGAGCUGGAAAUUGCUGAUGGGGAAGACAUUUUUGUAUGGAAUGGAGUGGAGGUUGGCGGAGUCCAGAUUCAAACUGGUAUUGACUGUGAACCUCUGCUUCUGAAUGUUCUUCAUCCAGCAACAAGCAGAGAAGGAGAAAAGUGUCAGCAGUUGAUAGAAUCUCCACACGUCUUUCCAUCGAAUGCGGAAGUAGGCACCGUCUUCACAGCCUUAGCGGUCCCAGCGGGUGUCAUCUUAAUAAGCCGUGCUGAAUCCACGGGCGAAGAGAGCUGGACUGCUAUUCCCAUGGAAGACCUGAAGAAGACAUUCAGAGAGCAAGGUCUCAGCAACGGAAGCUCAGUUUUAAUUCAGGAUUCUAAUGGUGAUGAUUAUAGCGUGUUGACCAGACAAGGGAGAUGGAGUGCUGGUCCGAAUGAGACCAAUUGGCUCCAAGUUAAAAACAUAUGCCAGUUAGAGUCUGAAGAAAAGCAAGUGAAGAUAGCAGCAACUACUAACACAGUGCUGUUUGAUAUUCGAAUUGAAGCCAUAAAGGAAUUAAAAUUAAUGAAGGAACUAGCUGAGAACAGCUGUUUGAGACCUAUCGAUAGAAAUGGGAAGCUUCUUCCUCCCGUGCCAGACAGUUAUACUUUGAAGGAAGCAGAAUUGAAGAUGGGAAGCUCAUUAGGACUGUGUGUUGGAAAAGCACCCACUUCCACUCAGCUGUUCCUGUUCUUCACUUUGGGGAGUGACAUUCAGCCCGGGACAGAGAUGGAGGUCAUAGUGGAAGAAACAGUAUCUGUGAGAGAUUGUUUACAGAUAAUGCUGGAGAGAGCUGGCCUGCAAGGAGAUACGUGGCAUUUGCGAAAAAUGGAUUGGUGUUACGAAGCUGGGGAAGCUUUAUUUGAAGGAGAUGCAACACUGAAAGAGCUUAUGCUAUGUUCUGGAGAUACUUUGGUUUUAAUGGAAGGGACGCUUCCUCCUCCGGGUUUCCUGAAGGUACCCAUCUGGUGGUACCAGCCUCGGGACCCUUCAGGACACCGUGGGAGUCAGCAGGGCCAGACCAACUCUGCCACCUCUCAAGAUGGCACCUGGAGAGCCGCAUCCGCCCAAGGUGUCCCCGACACUGUGCACGCAGAAGGUCCUCUCCGCUAUGUGGGCGACGUGGAAAUCUCAGAAGAUGCUGCCUUGGUAGAUCUGAAGUGUCAGGCCCUUACCUUGCCAUCUUUCUCAGAGUUUGCCAUUCCAUCCCCAGCCUUCCUCCGAGCCUGGACUGUGGAAAGCAAACGCCCAGGCAGGCUCUUACGGAGCCACCAGCAGCAGCUCAAGGAAUGCAGACUGGGACGGAGAACUGAGAUCUGUUUGGAGCCUCUUCAGAAAGAAGAGAACUUGGGCCCCCAGGACUUGGUGCUCAGGACCCAGAUGCGCCUCCCUGGCAAGAGGGCCUACUCUGUGCCUGAGGACAUGGUGUGGGACACCACCAGAAGCUGCACCGCGGCCUCCCUGAGGCAGAGAGUGGCUGACUUCUACUCCCUUCCUGUGGAGAAAAUCGAGAUUGCGAAAUACUUUCCUGAAAAAUUUGAGUGGAUUCCCAUCUCGAGCUGGAACCAGCAAAUUGCCAGGAGAAAAAAGAAGAAAAAGCAAGAUAAUUUGCAGGCAGCACCUUAUUACUUGAAAGACGGAGAUACUAUUGGUGUCAAGAACCUGCUGGUUGAAGAUGAUGAUGACUUCAGUACAAUCAGAGAUGACGUUGGAAAAGAAAAACAGAGACAGCUCGCUCUGGGAAAAAAGAAAAGCCGAGAAGCCCUUCGUGUGCAGAGCAGCGAUGUUUUCUCCAGUGUGGAGACACCAGCCCGGCGCCGGGGACCAGAAACAUCUCUCUCCAUCCACGUUGGGAGUUUCAGAUAGCACCGGCUGCAGCCACCAUCCCCCGAGGACAUGACCAGGUGACUGCCGAAGUGUCUGUGCCUUGUCUCAGCAGCGGGCAGGCCCCGGGGUGGGCUCUGCCAGCUGUGGGUCUGCACUUCUGAGAGGAUGAACCAGCCGACUCCACGCAAGCAGGUGUUGUGGACUGACUGGUUGCCUCGUUUAGACACAGAUUCCAAACCCUCAGCUUUCUCACAAGUCUAGUGACGUUUGUCUCAGCCUAGGCAAACGCCCUUACUUUAUCAAGGAAAGAUGCGGUAUGCACACCCAGGCGACCCUGUCCGUCCCUUGCCAUGUCCUACAUGUGCCAAUCAGCCGUCCCCCUGGCGUCACAACGUUUCCGCAGCUGCCCUCUUUAUGAGGAAAGGCCCUACUUUUGCAUUCACUGACCACAGGUGUGGGAAAAAUGGCAUGUUGCUAAAAUCUGACGAAUCUCUUGUUUAAAACAAUGUUCAGUCACUUCCUUCUUCCCUUACACUGUGUAGAUGGCUCUUUGGUCACCUGUACUAACUAAUAAAGGCUCUGCCAUCUCCUCUCGAGCCAGUGCGCGGGCCAGGCUUCUACUGUAACGGGAGGGUGGUCUGCUUCCUGGCCCUCGUCUCCGCUCCUGCUCCUCACGCGUGACCCCCUCCUCCCCCUGGACUCAGUUAGAGCUGUGGUCUCACGAGCUAGCUCUCUCUCUGGAAUGAAGAGACAGGCGGGCAUCCUCUGAAGGGAAACACACCCUGCUAACGCGAAGGCAGCUGGCACAAGGUGUCGGGGAUCCAAACCUGAUCGUGGGGCGGUCUGCUCCUGCCUGAGAGCCUGCGGGGAGGCAGAGCCACUCGGCAGCUGUCACCUUCUGUCAUUUCAGGUUGUCCUAGGUGGGCUGAGUUGAGAUUCUUGAGUAUAGCUAUCUUACUGUCUCAUCUACAGAAGCAACUGAGGAAGAGAAUGUAAACAGAUUUCCUUUCUUCCUGAUUAAAGAUGGCUAAUCAUUGAAUUUGGAAAGCCUGGUGGCGUAGUGGUUAAGAGCCUAUGGCUGCUAACCAAAAGGGUAGCAGUUCGAAUCCACCAGGUGAGCCUUAAAAACCCUACGGGGCAGUUCUGUUCUGACCUACGGGGUUGCUGUGAGGCGGAAUCGACUUAGUGGCAGCUGGCUUGGUUUUUAGCUGUUGAGUUGAAGCAGCUGAAUUGGCCUUUAUGACAAAGACGGCACCUGUGAUACCGAAAUGACUGAUGGAGGCUCCAGGAUGAUCGGCCUUCUCAGGCUUGGCCGCAGUCUGAAGCAGGACUCCUAACACAUUCUCAAUCUUCCUUUGUAGUGGCUUUUGCCGACAACACUUACCACCUUGAUGUCACACAAUUUAUCAUUAUCACUUUUAUCGAGAUAGAAUGUAAAUGUUGAGGGACGGAAAGAAACUGACAAAUGCAAGUAAGGGGUCUCAGCCUGUCCCACAGCCUGGCCGGCGAAGUUCCUGCUGUUGGGUGUGUCCCGCUCUGUCAGAACUUGCCGCCGAGUGGGCCGCCCCGGCUGUCCCUUCAGCUGUCCUUCCACACCGUCCCAGCACUGUCAGCACUGGCCGCCUCUGCUGUGCAUUUGAGAGGGUGUUGUGUCAUAUGUGUUCGUUUGUAUCAAGGCAGUUGCUUUGUAAGAAGCUGGACUUUGAUCAGCAAGCUGCUUUCAGGUCCUCAAACACUAAAUCAGCCUCAAAAGACGCCUCACCCGUGGGUGUGGACAGUGUCUCAGCUGCACGGAGGUCCCUGACGAUCCCGGGACUGAAGCAUGCGGUUCACGCGCGGGCCACUGUCUUGUUUCGUCUGCUCUGACAGACCUCCUGUAGCGGCCCUUCAGUUCACCUCAAGGCGAGGAAGGGUUACUGUAAGGAGCAGCUUUGCUUCUGACGAGCUCACUGAGCAGUUCCAGGGGCCCGAGUCAAGCGCGGACCCAUGUGCCUUAAAGGGCCGGCCAGCUGUCUGCGGCUGCCCACGGCGGGGAGCCUUGGGGGGCUCUGCCUGCUUCCUUGCUUUUCUGUAUGCUUAUUUCUUAAUUUGGGAAUGGAGUGGGGCUACAGGCAAAGAACUGAGAUUUUGUUAAAGAAAAAAUAAACCAUUUUUAAAGUUGUGGUCUUCAGUUUCUACUUUAUGCUGUGUCAGGAGCUUGCUUGCUUUAGAGAAAAAACCUCUGUGGUCUUUUUCUCCCCCAACCGGAAUUCAAAUGCUAAACAAACAUGGUAUAUAUUCAGAAACACUGUAUCAGUACUACUUUAGAAAUAACAGAAGUAUGUUUUGGUUUAUAAGUUCAGCCACUUGGGGAAAUACUGUUGGAAGAAAUUGUAAAUGGUCGGGUUCUCACUCUCCUCCUAGGGAAACGGGACUGCCGGUGUUGGUUGAGUUACGGAAAAUAUACUUAUUAAACUGUGAUGUAUUUUUUGGCCCAAAAAAAAAAAAAAAAAUGGGAGCGAGGGGCAAGAAGUCCCUAAUAAUCCAAAAUUGUGACUUCACAGACGGUUUCCCUUCAGAAUCCACACCUGUGAUGGGGAAAGGACAACUCAUCCCUUUCUUCUUCCUUCUGUUCUUGACUCUGCGUCUACCCAAAGCAUGGCCAUGAUACAGGCUCAACGAAAUACAAUGAGUCGGCUGUGGGUGUUUUACCUUCUGCCGGUCCCCUGCACCUCAGAGAAACGCGAAGCCAUGGCAUCCAUCCACCACGGGUGCUAGCCAGGACUCUUCAUUCGCAAGUGAUGGAAACCCAACUCGGGCUGGCUCGGGCAGGAGUGGGAAUUUCCUGGCUCAUGAGACCAAGGAGUGGUGCUCAUGUCAGGCAUGGACCGAGACAUCCGAGGACAGGGACACCUGCCCCAUGCCCCUGCAGGCUCCUCCCCACACCCCCAGUGUAGCAAGCAAGAUGCCACCAGCAGCUCCAGAAUGACAUCCUGCCAGACUCAGAGUGCCUCUUUGCAAGGACCUGGGGAAGUGCUGACCCGAUGCCCAUGCACCCAGAGUGGACCGCUUGCCCAUCCCUGCCCCCGACUCCAUCCAGUAGCUGUGGAGGGGAGGGCAGAGAGGGUGUGACUUCCCACAGAGAAGCCAAAUGCUGCAACCGGAAGAGGAAGUGGGUGGUGGUUUCACAUACUUCUUCACAGGCAUAGGUGUCAAAAGUGACAACUCCCCCCACCUUAAUGCAACUAUUCUGUGUACAGCCUGGCCACACAGACCCCCCUUCCCAAAGGGAGGCAGCUCAGAGUUCCAGCCCCUUCUGCUCCCAGGCCAAGUCUCAGAUCUCCGGUGAGGCCAGAAUUCCUGGUGGCUCAGCACAGGGUCAGCUGCCCACGGCUAAAUGGCAAGUACAAGCCCUGCUUCAGGCCUAGGUUCAAGGCCAGGGUGAAGAGGUAGUGGGGUCACAGCCUGGCACAAGAGCACGCAACCUCACCCUGCCCAGGAAGCAAGUCCCUGGUGAGCGCUGGCACCCGGUCGUGUUCUCUGGGAGAAGGCUGCAUGUCUCGUCCCUCCGGGUACAUCUGAGACGAGCACUGGAAAGGGUUCCCCUCUGGAGUCAGCACUGUGACGGUUGCUUCCUCAGUGUGCUGUUCUGGAGACCUGGCACCAGUUACUUGGGGACCGAGUCAUCAGGCUGUUCACCAGCUUGCGCUUUUGCCGGCAACACAAUUUCCUUGAAGCUCGGGAGGCUUGUCGAGUGCCUUCUUCAGCAGUAUGAGCGAGAAGGCCUUAGCAACCAGAGCCAGCUGGUUUUCUUCCAAGUGUUUUGCAACCCUCUUAAGCAUUCACACUCUGUAUAAGAGCUGUGCCCAAGCUCCUGCCCUGGAAGUUCAGUGCCGGCCCCUCCAACCUGGCUCAGUGUGCUCGGAGCUGUCGUUCAGGGGUGAGCAGCUAGCUCCCUGCCGGGCCAAGGAGGGCCUUAGCACUCAGACACCCUCCACAUGGAUGCGCACAGGUCGGCCAGGGAGUUUUCUCUGCACCAAUUCCCCAGUUCUUAUAAGGGCUCCCUGGCCCCCGUUUUGGGGUCACACAUCUGUGUCAUAGGUAUAUAGCUUCAUAAAAUGUUCACCCAAGUCUACCAUCAGGAGAGAUUAAUAUUUGUUAGGGAAGGCCUGCUACCAGGGAUCAUAAGACGGAAAACAAGACCCAUAAAAGAUGUCCCGUAGAGGCAAUAUAGCAAAGUGAUCCAGUACAAUAUCUGGUGAUGGCCUAUCAUCACCUUGAAGGGCUUUUAAGAGGACUCGAUGAGCUACUCUGUGUAAAGUACUUAGGCCGGCACCUGGUAUAAAAUAUUCUAACAGUGUGACCAUCAUCAUUGUGGUCCAUCGUGAUGGCCCGUUCCCACUGGUUGGUUCAGUCAUGAUGAUGCAGUUCCGGCCACUAAGACUUUAGAAGGUAGCUGAAUAGAUUUCCUUUGUUUAGGAAGAGAUGGCCUUUCCACCCCCUUACGUUGGACAUGGUCGCUUUGGGAUGUGAUGCCCGGAUCCAUGGCAGCUAUCUUGUAACCAUGAGGCCUGCGAUCCUGAAAUACAUGGCCGCAUGAAGGAGAGUGCACACCAGGACAAAACCGGGGCUGUGAAACAAGAAGAGAGGAAGAGCCUCUGGGAAGCAACCAGCACUUCCAAAGCCCAUGCAGCCCUUUUGUGUCCUGCCAGUCUGAUGUUCUCUUCCGUAAUCUUUGUGCCUGUCCCUUGCUCCAGGAAACUGGGGGAUGGCAAAGUGACAAUGAUCUUAGAGAGGUGGCCUCCUUGAAUGAAAUAGGACACUAAAACUACAGUGAGAGGUCAGAGAGCUCCAGGAGUGCAGUUUUAUAUGAAAGGUUUAAGAGCUGAAAUACGAGAUAAAGUGAUUCACCCUCAGUAGACCUGAGCUAGGGCCGCAGGUGGCUCUGCAGCCUUUAAGUCUAAGAAGCAAAGCUUCACCCUGCACCCUGCCUCCUUGCUGAAUUAAUCCAACAGCUCAGAACCAUGCCCUAAAAAAUACAAUGGCUUUUCAGCCAGCAACAAUUCAACUUAUUUUUAGAGCAGCUGAAAACAUUUCCGAAUCCAGUUUUGGAAAGAUUUUGGCAGCCACAGUUUUAUGUCAGAGCACAAGGAAUGAUGAAAAGGAAUCUGACAAUGGAAGGUCAAAAAC